AGUAAUAAAGUAUCAAGUUUUUCAGUAAUCAAGUUUUCAGUGUUCUCAGUACAGUAAUAAAGUUUUCGACCGAAACAGCAUGUCAGUACGUCAACAACGCACCAAAAUUCCGAGAGAGGCACUUAUGUACUUUCCGGGUGAGGAAAGUCUCGGCAUAGUGAAGACAAAUCUGAUCACCGGUGAUAUGUAUGCUGGAGCAGACGUUGAUGUUUUGUGGGAAGGGAAGUUAGUGCCUGCUACCAUUCGUGAAAUGUCAAAUAAUCCACACGAAUUGCUGUCUCUACAACGGGAACUGUUACGAAAAGAUAAACGGAAAAGAGACGAGACUUCAGACAGUUCCGAUGAACAUGAUGUGGCAACAACUUCGAUUAAGAAGAUUAACCCGAAGACACCAACCUCGAAGACGUCAAGAAGAAUAAAGGGCAAAAAGUCGACCAAUAAAGUUAUCCACCAAAACAGUAUGUCGGUACGUAAACAACGCUCAAAGAUUCCGAGAGAAGCGCUUGUGUACUUUCCGGACGAGGAAAGUCUCGGCAUAUUGAAGACCUGUCUGAUCACUGGUGACCUGUAUGUUGGUGCAGACGUUGAUGUUUUGUGGGAAGGGCAGUCAGUGCCUGCUACCAUUCGUCAAAUGUCAAAUAAUCCGCACGAAUUGCUGUCUCUACAAUGGGAACUGUUGCGAAAAGAUAAACGAAAAAGAGACGAGACUUCAGACAGUUCUGAUAAUUAUGACGAUGUGGCAACAAGUUCGAUCAAGAAGACUAACUUUAAGACAUCUACUUCGAAGACGUCAAAGAGAGUAAAGGGCAAAGAGAUUCCUAGCGUAGACCUAUUAUUACAAAGCGAGUCGGCAGAGAACAGAGCCAUACAAGAGGGGGACAAGUGUCCAUAUGGUGAGGGUGAUUUUGCUGCGAUGGAGGCCACACUUCAGCAGAUGGGUGCUCCCGAAUGGUUUAUGGAAUAUGCGAUAACAAUUAACAGCCGCGUCUUGGAAAUUAUCAACAUGAUGUCGGAGCUUCGCGAUCAACGUCAGGCUGGAGCAGUACCGAAACCUCCUAUUCCCAACAUUCUAGCCGAUGACAGACGACUUCGACGAAAACCAUCCCAGUCUGUGAACCAGUGAAAGACCACAGCGACGUAGUAACCUGCAGAAUCAAACCAAACGGCUCUUUUCAGAGCCACCAUUCGAACAAAAGAGAUGAAGCAUUAUGAUGAAAUACAAGGUCACCCCACCAUUCCCUACACACAUUAGGCCUGCAAUACAUAUAUUAAGUUGAUUGUUAGAAUUAUACAUUAGCACAACAAUAUUAAUUUGACAAUAACGAUUAUUAUUAUGCCUACAUAAUACGUAAAAAGAAUUAAGAAUAAAGUAACAACAAAAAUGAUAAUUAGCAUUUUACAUUAACACAACAAUAUUCGAAAGUAUAAUACAUACUCCAAGUAUUG